UCCCUUCGCACAGGCCUACAACUGAGGUUGCAGGGAGAGCUGGAACCCUGCAAGCAGGAGAGGGAAGCGGCGCGUUAAAUCCGCCCCCACGCCGCACCCCACUUCCGAGGGGGUGGGCGACAGAGGAGAGGUCGGGGUUGGAGCAGCAGCGAAGGGGCCCCUCCCUUGCACCUCCCCCCGCCGGACUUGGUUGCGCCCGAAGUGUAACACUUUCUCUUUGUCGGAGGAGCGCCGCUGUUUCCUGUGCUCUAGCUCCCGUUGCGGCGGCGCCCGUGGCAGCCCUGGCGGACGCAGGAGCGAUGGCAGCGACCGAUAUAGCUCGCCAGGUGGGUGAAGGUUGCCGAACGGUCCCCCUGGCUGGACAUGUGGGGUUUGACAGCUUGCCCGACCAGCUGGUGAAUAAGUCAGUCAGCCAGGGCUUCUGCUUCAACAUCCUGUGCGUGGGAGAGACAGGUUUGGGCAAGUCCACCCUCAUGGACACCCUGUUCAACACCAAGUUCGAGGGGGAGCCAGCCACCCACACACAGCCGGGUGUCCAGCUCCGGUCCAAUACCUAUGACCUUCAAGAGAGCAACGUGGGGCUAAAGCUGACAAUUGUUAGCACGGUGGGCUUCGGGGACCAGAUCAACAAGGAGGACAGCUACAAGCCCAUUGUGGAAUUCAUCGAUGCCCAGUUUGAGGCCUACCUGCAGGAGGAGCUGAAGAUCCGCAGGGUACUGCACACCUACCAUGACUCUCGCAUCCAUGCCUGCUUGUACUUCAUCGCCCCCACGGGUCAUUCCUUGAAGUCUCUGGACCUAGUGACGAUGAAGAAGCUGGACAGUAAGGUGAACAUCAUCCCCAUCAUUGCCAAAUCAGAUGCCAUUUCUAAGAGUGAGCUAACCAAGUUCAAAAUCAAAAUCACCAGCGAGCUUGUCAGCAACGGAGUCCAGAUCUACCAGUUCCCUACAGAUGAUGAGUCAGUGGCAGAGAUCAACGGAACCAUGAAUGCCCACCUGCCAUUUGCUGUCAUUGGCAGCACAGAAGAACUAAAGAUAGGUAACAAGAUGAUGAAAGCACGGCAGUACCCCUGGGGCACUGUGCAAGUUGAAAAUGAAGCCCACUGUGACUUUGUGAAGCUGCGGGAGAUGCUGAUCCGAGUCAACAUGGAGGAUCUCCGAGAGCAGACCCACAGCCGGCACUAUGAGCUGUACCGCCGCUGUAAGCUGGAGGAGAUGGGCUUCAAGGACACCGACCCUGACAGCAAACCCUUCAGUUUACAGGAGACAUAUGAGGCCAAAAGGAACGAGUUCCUAGGGGAGCUCCAGAAAAAAGAAGAGGAGAUGAGACAGAUGUUUGUGCAGAGAGUCAAAGAGAAAGAAGCUGAACUUAAAGAGGCAGAGAAAGAGCUACAUGAGAAGUUUGACCGUCUGAAGAAACUACACCAGGAUGAGAAGAAGAAGCUGGAGGAUAAGAAGAAAUCCCUGGAUGACGAAGUGAACGCUUUCAAACAGAGGAAGACGGCGGCCGAGCUGCUCCAGUCCCAGGGCUCCCAGGCUGGAGGCUCACAGACUCUGAAAAGAGACAAAGAGAAGAAAAAUAAUCCAUGGCUGUGUACUGAAUAGUAUUCCCCGCUACAGCUGGACUGGACUCCACUUAGCCUUUUAAGCCAAGGUUCCUAUUGUAACUGACAGCUUUCCUUUGGGGUGCCAGGCAGCCGGGUCCCCGGCCCCUGCCAUGUUCUUCCACUUCAAGCCCCACCUCUUCUUUCUAUUUCUGCCUCACAGUCCCAUUGGCAUUGACCAUGACCUUCUUUUUUAUUUUUGAGAUUUUUAUUUUUUGGUCACUUGCUUUGAAAACACACAAUCGAACAAGGCUAUGCCAAAUUUUCAGGCCUUUUUGAAGUAUUGAGAAUGGGGAGGGGGUGUUCUCUUUUCAAUAAUAGAUAAUAACAGGAAGCAAAAAGUAGAAACAAUGGAAAGCAAAUGAAUGCACACACUUUAUCUUUUCUUGUUGGCAAAGCAAGAGGGCAGUUUUGAGAUGUAUUGUUUGGUGAGUCACUGACUGGUGGGUGGCCAGAAGCAACUAUGAAGGUGAUGCUGCCAAAGCAGAAGCUAGUUUCUUGAGAAAAUCCAAGUCACACAGUGGAGCAUUUUAGGAGACCCUAUGCUCGGAGAUUUAAAAGCCAAAAAAAAAAGCUUGGAUCCUCAGCUUGGCUCAGGGAGAUGCUAAAUUAAGGCUGUCAAGUCUCCUUGGGAAAGGCUUCUUGUUUGCAGCUUUGACCAGUUUCACAGCUGCUUCCCAAGAAUCCCAAACUUAAACAACUAACGGUCUCCAUCCCCCCGCCCCCAGUAAUUAUUUGCAUCACAAAUAGGAGGUCCCCUCAUUUACAUUUAUUUACAGAUUAACUACUUGAGGUUUGAGUGGUUCUGAAAACUUCAAAAGGUAUUAGAGCCACCCAGACUUUGAGAGACCUUCAGAGACUAGGCAGGAAUUUUGUAUGAAGAGAGACAUUUGGGUCCAGAAGACAGGUAGGACCCAUUUUUUGUGAGAGGAAAUCGAGGUGCAGAGAAAUGAAGGGACUUUGCCAGAGGUCCCAGGGCUGUUUCAUGGCAAAAGUCAGGCUAAAUUCAGUGUCUUCUGAGACCCGAUCCAUUUCACAAAUGGAUUCAAUCUGUUCAUGUUCAUUCCUUGGAGACAAGUCUUUUGAUGUUCAGGAGAAAAUGAAUAGUAUUAGAGCGCCUUUGAGGUUUUUAUCCCAUAGAAAAAUAUUCAAGGAUGGGGUGGGCAGGGAUGGGCAAAGCAGAGAACUCUAGUCCCGCCCCUGAACUGAGUGCUUCUGCUGACGAUAAUAAGAGUCAUGGACACCUCUUAGCUGCUCAGCUUUCCUGGGAGUCUGGAAUGAGGCAUGUGAGUGCAGAAGUUUAACAGGUGCUAGAGAUGACCCUUGUCAUCAAGGAAGUUUGGUAAACAAAAAUCUAACUUGUAUGUGAACAUGAGACCUUUAGAAACUCAACCAAGGCUAUGUAAAAUAAUUAAAAUGCUUAUUGUAUCGGGUAGCUUGUCUCACUGUAAACAGAAAAAUUUUUUUCCUUCCUCAGUGAAAAGAUUUUUUUACUGAGUAUAAUUGUUACUAUUAAAAAAAAUUACCGUAACACUCUGUUUACUUCUGGUGAAACAAAACCAGUCAUUAGAAAUGGUCUGUGUCCCACCCCACCCCACCUUGGACUGGAAUGGUUUUCCUGAAAAAUCCCCAUGUGUACACACACACACACACACCUCAUUUCUUUUAAACCAAGAAGUUUGCUUUUCCAAAAUGCAGAAUAGAUCACUUUUGGUUUCAUUUAUGUUUUUUUUUGUUUUAAUCAUUUGGCAUUCACGUGUGGCUGUCAAUAUGUGCUUUUUUUUUUUUUUAAUUAAAACAAGAAGCUUGAAACUGA